AUGGAUGAUCCAAGAUUUGAGUGGAUCGGGAAACAAGUGUCCCUGGCACUGGACAUUAAAGAAAAUGACGUGUUUGAAGAUCUUCUUGAAAGGGAUGACGGUGAACAGGAACGCGAACUUGGGAAGUUUCUGAACGAUACGCCAGAGGAACAUGAAUCUUCUAUUCUCUUCUACAAAAUCAUACGAGAAGAGGAGGAAGAAGUUGAAGUAGAAUGUGAACCAGAGAUCCCAAGUAUUGAGGAGGAGGAAGAGGCUGGAGAGGGAGAAGGUGAGCAGCAAGGUGGCGAGGGAGAGGGUGAAGGGGGUGACCAGCCCCUCCCAGUCUCCUCACCCACCGGCACUGGUGAGGGGGAAGAUCAAACGCCCAGGAAAGGAACAGGUAAGAAAAGAAAGAAGGGUAAGGACACACCCACUAGUGAUGAACAGAAGGAUGAAGAUACUACCAAGACACCUGUCCCCGAGGGAGAGGCUGCUGAAGGGGAAGAACAAGGAGAGGAAGAAGAACAGGAGAAUAAGAUACCAAAAACUAAAAUCAUCAAACAGAAGGUGAUGCGUACAUACCUAUACAUGUGUUACCAACACUUGCCUGAGGAGCUGGCUGAUCAGGACUGCGUUUAUUUCCUGAGAAACACCCCAGGCAUGGUACCUCUCCCAUCAAGUGCUGAUGAGGCAGAUGAAACACUGCCAUCAUAUUUUGAGAUUGGUAUCCUCAACGGACACUCUCUUGUCAUGUUGGAACAGAUCAUCUCACAGGUUUACAUGCCUCUGUUGUCCUACAGUCAACAAAAGAAUGGUGAGAUGCGUAAGGAAACUAGUCCUCCUAGUCGAACAGAUACACAGGCAUCGGUGAAGACUGAUGGCGAAGGUGAUGGAGAUGAUUCCAAAGACAAGGUCAAUGUAGCUGAGUCUCGUGCCAAGGCACUUCUUCGUGAUGAGUUCCUCAUCAACAUGCAAAAAUUUGCCUCAAGUAUUAAUCGCACUAUACAACAAAUUGAGGGUGAGGUGCGAUUAGAAAUCCCUGAGAUUGAAAUUGGUGAAAAUGUAGAGGAAGUGCUAGCAAAUAAUGACUUAAUGCAAGUGAUCAGAGACACAUGUGGUGAUUGGGCCAAACGUAUUAGGGGUGCCCUCGAGACACAGAUGAAAAAGGUGCCCCUCGGUAAAGGACCUUUGGCGGAAAUUGAUUUUUGGCGGGAACGGAAUGCAGCAUUAAGUGCGCUGUCUGAACAGUUAAAGAUUCCAAAGGUUGCACAGAUGUUGGAAGUGUACAGUCACGUGGAGAAUGACUUUGAUGACAUUAAGGUUGAACUCAAUAAACUUUAUGUUGAGGCUAAAGACAAUGUCCGCUUCUUGUCAACAUUAGAGCGUCACUUUAAAAACAUUACCCACGGUGCCACAUUUCAGGUUGUCAUUGAAACCAUUCCUUCCAUGAUGAAUGCCUUGCGUAUGGUGUGGAUCAUCUCACGGCAUUACAAUAAGGAUGAACGCAUGGUGCCACUGAUGGAAAGAAUCGCGUGGGAGCUUGCAGAGCGUGUGGCUCGUGUUAUCAACAUAAGGACCAUAUUCAAGGAGGGUACAGAGGAAGUAAAGAGGAAGACACAGGAGGCUAAAAAGAUGCUACUGGUAUGGAAGGAGUCUUACUUUGAUGUGAGAGCAAAGAUUGAAGCGUCUGGUCGUGACCAGCGGUGGGAGUUUGACCGACGAAAGCUUUUUGAGAGAACAGACUACAUGGCCAACAUAUGUCAAAAUCUGUAUGACGUGGCUGAGGUACUGGAGGAGUUUUACAACAUUUUUGGGCCAGAACUGAAGGCUGUGACAGGAGAUCCAAAGAGAAUUGAGGAGGUGCUUCUACGAGUGGAUGCUUUAGUGAAACCCCUUGAGGAGGUCAGCUUUGAUCCUUUCAUGAUAAACUACAGAGGUUCAUGGCGAUCAGAGAUCAUGGACAAGUUUGAAAAACAAGUGACUUCCAUUGACGGAGAAGCCAUCAUGUUUAUUGACGAGUCUUUCCAGUCCCUUAGGUCAGCUGAAGGUGCUUUUGACAUGCUGCAGAACUUUAAACAUAUCCGAUCUAGGGAGGCUAUCAACGCUCAGAUGAUGCAGAAAUUUAAAGAUAUUCUGGUGCAAUACGAAAAAGAGGUGUCCGCUUUAGAUGACCUUUUCCAACAGCAUCGUGAAAACCCACCACUUCACAAAAACCACCCGUCAGUAUCUGGAGCCAUCUUCUGGGAGCGAUCUCUGUUCCACCGUAUCAAACACACCAUUGUACGUUUUCUCACCAUGGAGGAUAUGAUGCAGAGCGAGAUGGGCAAACAUGCACGAGCUAAGUACCUGAGUGUAGCCAAACAGAUGAAACUGUAUGAGGACCAAAAAUAUGAAGCCUGGAAAGAAAAUGUUGAACUUGUCCUGCCAUCCCUACUAAAACGAAACCUGCUGGUUAAACCACAUCAUUCACAGCUGACUCAGCAGGCCCAUGAUGACCAUGGUGAAGCAGUAAAGCUACAUAACACAGAAAUUGUGGUAACUGGUACUGAUAACACAAACCUUCAACUGGUCUCAACUCAGCCAGCCAAUCAACAGCCAGAACAAGCACAGACCGACCAACCAGAGCAGGCUACCAAUAAUGGAAUUGAGAUCAAGUACCUUGUGGACUUUGACCCCAUGUUAAGUGAAAUUAUUUCGGAGACAAAGUACAUGGAGCAGUUAGGCUUCCCUGUCCCUGAGCUGGCCAGAAACGUUGCACUCCAGGAGGAAAAAUACAUAAAAUAUGUUGAGAAGUUGAAACAUAUGUUGGAGCGUUACCAUACACUACUGGCCUCCCUGGACCCUGCAGAGACUAACUUGUUAGAAGACCACAUGAGGGAUUUGCGUCGUGUCAUAAGACCAGGGUCCAAACGUCUUAACUGGAACUCGCUGGGUAUCAAUGACUUUGUCCUCAAAUCAGGAGCUGCUAUUGCAAAAUUUGAGUCCCUAGUGAACCAAAUCCAGAAGAAUGCCAAAGAUAUCAACCAGAGAUUAGGGAUGAUAGAGAAUGCAAACCUGUACAAAGGGCCGACACCAAAGUACCCUGACAUGCUACCAAGCUGUAAGGAGUACUACGAACAUGUGGAGAAAGAGCGCAGUAAAGAUUUUGAAAUCCUAGCCAGAAAAUAUCGUGCCAUUGGCCCUCUUCUGACCAAGAUGGAGGGCUUGGUGGUGCAUACCAACUCAGGUCGGUCGCCCAAACUCAGUCAGUAUUAUGCCUACUGGGAACGCAAAGUCUAUGAUGCACUCACUAAGCUAAUCAUGAACAACUUGCGUCGAUUUGAGACUGCUCUAAGGUCAGAACGGCCUUUAUUUCAAGUGGAGACCCUCCUAGCCCCACCAGAUGUGGUGCUUCACCCUCAGGCUAAUGAGGUGUACAAAUUAACCCUGCAGUGUGUUCGUGACUGUGUGGAGGGGACAAAGAUGUUCGUACGCUGGAUGAAUGGAACGUGUAUAGAGACACCACCUCAGAAAGUAGAAGGAGAGGAUGAACCAUAUGUGUUUAGUUUUUUCACUGACAUUUCUGUAAGCCCUGAAGUGAUCGACUAUGUACAGGGUAUCCAAAACAACAUCAAAAAUACUCUCACCAACAUGACACGCUACCUCAACAGAUGGAAGAAGUACCGCAGCAUAUGGAAGGUGGAUAAGCAAACCAUUGCAGACAAGUGGUACCAGAAAGGCCCUAGUGUAGUGGCUUUUGACGACAAGCUUCAGUACUACUACAAGACAAUCGAUGAAGUUGAAGGUUUGCCACUAGUCAAGGACCAGGAAUGUAUUCGCCUUCAUAUGGGGCCUCUUGCGUCCUCAGUAAAGGACCAUGCCAAACAAUGGAUCUCUCAUCUUGGGAAGAUUCUGAGGGAUUCCUCCAAAGAAGCCUUGUACAGCCUCAGGGACAACCUGGAUGACAAGUCAGAUGACCUUGAAUCGACCCCCAGUAGUCUAGAGGAUCUGAAGUUUGUGCUGACAACGAUUUCUGAUAUCAAGACAAUAUCCCUAGAAGUGGAGGCAAAGAUCCGAGACAUCCAAGAGCGGUAUCGAACUCUAUCCAUGUAUGAUAUAGAGGUUACAGAUGAGGAAAAGGAAAUUCAACAAAAACUUCCACAAAUCUGGGAUGACCUUGUCUGGAAAUCCAAGAACAUUGACGCUAGCCUGUUUAUGGUGAAGAAGAGGUUUACAGAGAUAACACAAGAUCAGAUCAAAGACUUCAAGAAAGACCUUGAGGAAUUUGCGACUCGCUUUUACGAAAAAGGUCCCGGAGCAGUUGGUACCAAUCUCGACAAAGGGCUGGAAUUGAUGAAAACAUUCCGCGGAGAAGUUGCCCAGUAUGAGACUGAUCGACAAGAACUGGCCAAUGCUGAGAAACUGUUUGACCUACCGAUCACCAUGUAUCCUGACCUACUGGAGGUACAGAAACAGAUGAAGGGUUUGGAGAUGGUCUACGCACUGUAUGAAGAACAAAUGGCGGCAAGAGAGGGAUGGUCCGAAACUCUCUGGUCCAACCUCAAUGUCCAGGUGCUACAGGAUGGAAUCGAAGGUUUCCUCAAACAGCUCAGAAAAAUGCCACGCGAUGUUAAAUCUCUACAGGCUGCUCGUGCCCUCGAAUCAAAGAUGAAGGAAUUCCGCGAUUCUCUCCCAUUGUUUGUUGAUCUCAAACACGAAGCACUGAGAGAACGCCAUUGGAAGGAGUUGAUGAACAAGACUGGACAAAAGUUUGACAUCAACCCAGAAACCUUUACUCUGGCUAAUGUAUUUGCAAUGGAGCUACAGCGUUUCCAAGAGACAAUCAUAGAAAUAGUAACAGCAGCCAGCAAGGAAAUGGGUAUUGAAAAGGGUGUUAAAGAGGUAGAAGAAAUGUGGAGUAGUAUGAAGUUCACCAUUGUCCCAUACAUGAAAGGGACUUCAAACCGCGGCUACAUCUUAGGAGCCAUUGAUGAUGUACUUCAAAACCUUGAUGACAGUGCCAUGAAUCUGCAGAGUAUGGCUGCAUCACGUUUCAUUGGCCCAUUUGCAAACUCUGUCCAGAACUGGGAGAAGAGUUUAUCUCUGGUUUCUGAAGUUUUAGAUGUUUGGAUGGUGGUCCAGAGGAAGUGGAUGUACCUAGAAGGGAUCUUCAUUGGUGGAGACAUCCGCUCACAGCUGCCAGAAGAGGCAAAAAAGUUUGAUCAGAUUGACAAGACAUUUAAAAAGAUCAUGACAGACACUCACAAGACACCAACCAUCAAGACAGCAUGUCAUGCUCCUAACCGCCUGCAGGACCUUGAGAGUCUCAGUUUAGGACUGGAGAGAUGUCAGAAGUCAUUGAAUGACUACCUCGACUCUAAACGUAAUGCCUUCCCACGUUUCUUCUUCAUCUCUGAUGAUGAACUGCUGAGUAUCCUGGGUAGCAGUGAUCCAAACUGUGUACAAGAACACAUUAUAAAGAUGUAUGAUAACAUCGCCUCGCUCAGAUUCCAAGAAGGAGGUAGUAAUGAAACCCUCGCUACAGCUAUGAUCUCCGCUGAAGGAGAGGUGAUGGAGUUCCGAACAAACAUUCCUGCAGAAGGCCGUGUAGAAGACUGGAUGACAUCGGUUUUAGAGGAAAUGAGAUCUACCAAUCGUCUCAUCACAAAAGAGGCUGUCUUCUACUAUGGAGAGGAUGGCAAAAACAGAGUGGACUGGAUGUUGGGAUACCAAGGUAUGAUAUGUUUGGCAGGUAACCAGGUUUGGUGGACAUGGGAAGUUGAGGACACAUUCCGUAAAGUCAAGAAAGGUCAGAAGACAGCCAUGAAGGACUAUGCUAAGCAGCAACAUAAACAAAUUAACGAGGUGGUUGUACAGAUUCGUUCACCUCUGUCCAAAAAUGAUCGUGCCAAAUUCAACACUGUCCUCAUCAUUGAUGUGCAUGCACGUGACAUCAUUGAUGGCUUUGUCCGUGACAGUAUCAUGGAUGCCAAAGAGUUUGAGUGGGAAAGUCAAUUGAGGUUUUAUUGGGAGAAGGAGCCAGAUGAACUAGUGGUCAGACAGUGUACAGGAGAGUUUGGCUACGGUUAUGAGUACAUGGGUCUCAACGGCAGACUGGUCAUCACUCCACUGACUGACAGAAUCUACCUAACACUCACACAGGCGUUAUCCAUGAACCUUGGUGGUGCUCCAGCUGGCCCAGCCGGUACAGGUAAAACUGAGACAGUGAAGGAUCUGGCAAAGGCUUUGGGUCUACUUUGUGUUGUUACCAACUGUGGAGAGGGCAUGGACUUCAAGGCCGUGGGGAAAAUCUUCUCUGGUCUGUGCCAGUGUGGUGCUUGGGGCUGCUUUGAUGAAUUCAACAGAAUUGAUGUGUCUGUACUGUCUGUCAUUUCCACUCAACUGAAGACAAUUCAGAAUGGCCUUAUUCUGAAACUCAAAAAGUUCCAUUUUGAAGGCCAAGAAAUUAGCUUGGAUCUACGUGUUGGAAUCUUCAUCACUAUGAACCCUGGUUAUGCUGGUCGUACAGAGCUGCCUGAGUCUGUGAAGGCAUUGUUCCGUCCCGUGGUGGUAAUUGUACCAGAUCUUCAGCAGAUCUGUGAGAUCAUGUUGUUCUCUGAAGGAUUCUUAAUGGCCAAAGUCCUUGCCAAAAAGAUGACUGUGUUGUACAAAUUAGCCAAGGAACAGUUGUCAAAACAGUACCAUUAUGAUUUCGGUCUUCGUGCCCUCAAAUCUGUCCUGGUCAUGGCUGGUGAGCUGAAGAGAAGUUCAGCAGAACUUCCAGAGGAUGUUGUGUUGAUGAGAGCCCUGAGAGAUAUGAACCUGCCCAAGUUUGUGUUUGAGGAUGUACCACUGUUCCUGGGUCUGAUUGGUGAUCUGUUCCCAGGCCUUGACUGCCCACGUGUACGUUACCCCAACUUCAACGAUGCUGUAGAAGAGGUUCUGGCUGACAACGGAUAUGUCAUGCUUCCAAUACAGGUGGACAAAGUUGUACAGCUGUAUGAAACUAUGAUGACUCGACAUACCACCAUGAUCGUCGGGCCAACAGGGGGAGGUAAAUCUGUUGUCAUCAACACCUUGGCUCAGUCACAGACUAAACUGGGAACGUCUACCAAGUUGUUUGUCAUCAAUCCCAAGGAUCGUAGCGUGAUUGACUUGUACGGUAUCCUGGAUCCUGUUACGCGUGACUGGACAGAUGGUCUUCUCUCUAACAUCUUCCGAGACAUCAACAGACCUACUGACAAGAAGGAACGCAAGUACAUUGUAUUUGAUGGUGACGUUGACGCCCUUUGGGUAGAAAACAUGAACUCUGUCAUGGACGACAACCGUCUUUUGACUCUGGCCAAUGGAGAGAGAAUUCGGCUACAGAAACACUGUGCUAUGUUGUUUGAGGUGUUUGACUUACAGUACGCUUCCCCAGCUACAGUGUCUAGGUGUGGAAUGGUGUACGUUGAUCCAAAGAAUCUUGGUUAUGAACCGUUCUGGGUAAAAUGGAUGAACAGUCGUCCAAGCAAGACAGAGAGAGACGAAAUGAAGCGACUGUAUGAUAAAUAUGUACCAUCUCUGAUUGACAUGGUCGUUGAAGGAGUGUUGGACGGAAAACAAGGCGACAAGAUGAAGACCAUUAUACCACUAACAAACCUUAACAUGGUGACCCAGCUGAGUAACAUGCUGGAUGCCCUGUUGGUGAAGGAGAACCUUGAAUCCGAUGAGCUAGAGGCAUUCUUCCUCCAAGCAUUGUACUGGUCUAUUGGCGCGGCUCUUCUGGAGGAUGGCCGCGAAAAGUUUGACGCCCAAGUUAAGAACCUUGCAUCCCUCACACAGGUUGUAGACGAGGGUAAAACACUGGCAGGAUUAGGUGAAAUCCCCACCACCCAACCCACCCUGUAUGAAUACUUUUAUGACAAUGAUGAAAAGAAGUGGGUAGCAUGGUCCAAGAAAGUCCCGACUUACGUCCAUGCCCCAGAGAAAAAAUUCAAUGAAAUACUCGUCCCAACUGUGGACACUGUGCGUACCACGUGGCUGCUGGAACUCAUGGUAGGCAUCAAACAUCCUGUCGUGUUGAUCGGUGAGACCGGAACAUCGAAGUCUGCUACUACAUCCAACUUCCUGCGAACAAUGGACUCUGAAACACAUCUUUUACUCAACAUGAACUUCUCCAGUCGUACAACCUCACUUGAUGUACAACGUAACUUGGAGGCCAAUGUAGAGAAGAGAACUAAGGACACAUAUGGACCUCCACCAGGCAAACGACUCCUUAUCUUUAUUGAUGACAUGAACAUGCCACAGGUGGACACAUAUGGUACUCAGCAGCCAAUCGCUCUGUUGAAACUCCUACUUGAGAGAGGAGGCUGUUAUGACAGAGGCAAAGACCUCAACUGGAAGAACAUGAAGGAUAUUGGUUACAUCGCAGCCAUGGGUAUCGCUGGUGGUGGUCGAAACGAGACCGACCCAAGAUUUGUCUCCCUUUUCUGUGUGUUCAAUAUGACAUUCCCUUCAGAUGAGUCUCUGUACUUGAUCUACAAUUCAAUCCUUCAAGGUCAUUGUCAACCAUUCGCCAAGGACAUCCAGGACUGUGUGUCUACUAUCACAAAGAUGACCAUGAGUCUUUACAGUACGGUGGUUAAGGACCUGCCGCCAACUCCAUCUAAGUUCCAUUACAUCUUUAACCUGCGUGAUUUGUCACGUAUCUACCAGGGCAUGUGUCUCACCACGCCCGACCGUUUCAAUAAGCCAGACAAAUUUGUUCGUGUCUGGAGGAAUGAAUGUAUGCGCGUCAUAUCAGACAGACUCAUCAAUGACCAAGACAAAACCAAUGUUAUGAAAACACUACAAACACUGGUAGAAGAUAACUAUAAGAGUUACCUUGACUUGGUAAUGAAAGACCCAAUCCUGUUUGGAGAUUAUCGUACUGCCAUGGAAGAGAGCGAGCCACGACUGUAUGAAGACAUACAGGACUAUGAUGCUUCACAGGCACUCUUUAAAGAGAUUUUGGAGGAGUACAACGAAAGUAACACACCCAUGAAACUUGUGCUUUUUGAGGACGCAUUAGAACAUUUGACACGUGUACAUCGUGUAAUUCGUAUGGACAAUGGUCAUGCCCUUUUAGUGGGUGUAGGGGGCAGUGGUAAACAAAGUCUGUGUAAACUCGCCUCAUACACAGCUGGAUGUGAGGUGUUUGAGAUAACACUCAGUAGAGGUUACAAUGAGCAGUCAUUUAGAGAAGAUCUGAAGGUUCUGUAUAACAAACUCGGCAUUGAGAACAAAAAGACAGUCUUUCUGUUUACAGAUCAACAUGUUGUAGAGGAAGGCUUCCUCGAGCUCAUCAACAACAUGCUCACCUCUGGCAUGGUCCCUGCUCUUUACCUGGAUGAGGAGAAAGAGGCUAUCAUAGGACAGAUACGUAAUGAAGCCAUAGCGGCAGGUUGUCCUCAUGCCCGUGAGAUGGUGUGGCAGUUCUUCGUCAAUAAAUGUGCUAACAACCUCCAUGUUGUCCUGGCAAUGUCUCCCGUUGGUGACGCUCUUAGGACUCGCUGUAGAAACUUCCCUGGUAUGGUGAACUGUGCUAAUAUUGAUUGGUUCUUCCCUUGGCCAGAACAGGCUUUACUGGCUGUGGCUAGUGUCUUCAUAGCACCAGAUAAUGCAUUGAUCCCAGACAACCACCGUGAGAAUGUGGUCAGCCAUAUUGUGCUCGUCCAUCAGAGUGUCGGUGAAUACAGCAAAAAGUUUCAGCAGCGACUCCGCCGUAACAACUAUGUUACACCUAAAAAUUACCUCGACUUUAUCAACACAUAUCUGCGCCUAUUGGAGGAAAAGGACAAAUACAUUCUAGCACAGUGUGACCGUCUUGCUGGAGGUUUACAAAAGAUCGCUGAGGCUAGUGAGCAGUUGGCAGUUCUUAAUGAACGGCUUGCUGUUCAGAAAGUAGCUGUCACAGAGAAAACCCAGUCUUGUGAGACCAUGUUGGCAGAGAUCUCGAAAAAUUCCACCAUGGCUACAGAGAAGAAACAAUUAGCUGAGGCUAAAGGAAAGGAAAUUGCUGAACAGAGUGUUGUGAUUGUAAAGGAAAAGGGUGAAGCAGAAGAAGCUCUCGCCGAGGCCUUGCCUGCCCUGGAGGCUGCCCGUCUAGCUUUAGAGGACCUCGACAAGGGUGAUGUCACAGAAAUCAGAUCUUUCUCAAAGCCUCCCCCAGAGGUACAGCGGGUGUGCGAGUGUAUUGUGGUACUACGGGGCAUUAAAGAGGUAUCAUGGAAGUCAGCAAGAGGCAUGAUGGCAGAAGCUAACUUUCUAAAGUCACUCACAGAGAUGGAUGUUGACGCCAUUACUACUAGACAGACACAGGCAGUCAAAGGACUAAUGAGUGACAAAACAAUGAGUCUGACAUUAGACGCAAUGAAAAGCAUUAGUAAGGCCGGUUCUGGACUGCUGAAAUUUGUGGAGGCUGUGAUGGGCUAUUGUGUGGUUGCUAGGGAAAUCAAACCCAAGAGAGACAAGGUAGCAAAAUUGGAAAGAAGUUUUCAUCAGGCCAAACGUGACCUUGAAAAAAUCAACAACGAAGUCGCCUCCCUUGAGAAGGAACUGGAUGACCUCGGUAGGAAGUAUGAGGAGGCCAUGUCCGAGAAACAGAAGCUGGAGGAAGAGGCCGCUAUCAUGGAACGUCGUCUGAUCGCAGCCGACAAACUUAUCUCGGGUCUUGGACAUGAAAAUGUCAGAUGGAAUAAUGACCUUGAGGAACUUAAGAAGAAGCGUGUCAAGUUGCUAGGUGAUUGUCUGCUUGGCUCGGCCUUCUUAAGUUACGUUGGUGCCUUUAGCUGGGAGUUCCGUAGCGAUUUGGUGUACGAGGUUUGGGAGAAGGAUCUACAUGCGAGAGAGAUUCCUAUCAGUGAUCCAUACAAACUUGAGGAACUUCUGACCAACGAUGUCGAGAUCAGCAAAUGGACGUCUGAAGGCCUACCUCCAGAUGAGCUGUCUAUACAAAACGGUAUCCUAACCACACGAGCUAGUCGGUUCCCCAUGUGUAUCGAUCCACAACAACAGGCGCUCAAGUGGAUAAUGCACAAGGAAGAACAAAACAAUCUUAAGGUGUGCACAUUCAACGACAGUGACUUCCUCAAGCAGCUUGAGCUCGCCAUCAAGUAUGGCUUCCCGUUCCUGUUUAAAGACGUUGAUGAGUACAUUGACCCUGUUAUUGACAAUGUCCUGGAGAAAAACAUCAAAGGUGGACAAGGGCGUGAGUUUGUCAUCCUCGGUGAUAAGGAAGUGGACUAUGACCCAAAUUUCCGACUCUACCUUAACACCAAGCUAGCAAACCCAAAAUAUUCUCCAAAUGUCUUUGGCAAGUCCAUGGUCAUCAACUACACUGUGACCCUCAAGGGUCUUGAAGACCAGCUGUUGAGUGUCAUUGUCAAGUUUGAACGCCGAGAGCUUGAGGAGCAGCGAGAACGCUUGAUCCAGGAGACAAGCAUCAACAAAAAGUUACUGAAGGAUCUUGAGGAUGCUUUACUGAGAGAGUUGGCCCAGUCACAGGGCAACAUGUUGGAUAAUGUUGAACUGAUAGAAACAUUAGAAGAGACCAAAACCAAGGCCACAGAGGUGUCAGAGAAACUCAAGCUAGGAGCCAAGACAGCCAUUGACAUUGACAAACUGCGUGAUGGAUACAGACCUGCAGCAAGACGUGGAGCCAUUUUGUUUUUCAUCCUGGCAGAAAUGUCCUCAAUCAACACUAUGUACCAGUAUUCGUUGGCCUCCUACCUUGAGGUGUUCGAGUACUCACUCAAAAAGUCCAUGCCUGAUAGUAUCCUACAGAAGCGUCUGAGGAAUAUCAUGGAUACCCUGACCCACAACAUGUACAACUAUGGCUGUACUGGUAUCUUUGAGAAACACAAGUUAAUGUUCUCAUUCCAAAUCACCAUCAAACUAGAACAGGACCGAGGCAAAGUGACUCAGGCUGAACUGGACUUUUUCAUUAAGGGUAACAUAGCACUCGAGAAGAGCAAAAGGAAGCGUCCAUUUGGUUGGUUCCCCGAAGAGGGAUGGGAGGACUGUAUCAGACUGGUGGAAGUCUUACCUGACAAGUUUGGCUCUCUUCUGGAGGACAUUGAGAGAAACGAGCAAAUCUGGAAGAAGUGGUAUGACCAUGAUACACCAGAGUCGCAGCCUUUCCCCCUCAAGUAUGUGGACUCUCUGUCAGACUUCCAGAAACUUGCAUUGCUUAGAUGUUUCCGUGUUGAUCGUAUUUACCGUGCUGUGGAGGAGUAUGUUACAAAGGUGAUGGGAGAGAAGUAUGUGACUCCACCUAUCAUCAGCUUUGAGGCUAUCUUCGAGCAGAGUACACCAAUGUCUCCAAUCGUCUUCAUCCUUAGUCCAGGUUCUGAUCCUGCCAGUGACCUUAUGAAGUUAGCUGAAAGAAUAGAGUUUGGUACUAACAAAAUCAAGUUCCUGUCCAUGGGUCAAGGUCAAGAAAAGGUGGCACUGCAGUACCUGGAGACUGCCAUUGCCCGUGGCCAGUGGCUCAUGUUGCAAAAUUGCCAUUUACUUGUCAGAUGGCUCAAAGAACUUGAAAAGCAGCUGGAGAAACUGACCAAGCCUCACCCAGACUUCCGUCUCUGGUUGACCACUGAACCAACACCCAGUUUCCCUAUAGGCAUUCUACAGAGGUCACUCAAGGUUGUGACUGAACCACCAAAUGGACUCAAGCUGAACCUGCGUGGUACCUACCACAAGAUUUCUGCUGUUGCUUUGUCAGAAUGUCCCAAUCCAGCCUUUCCGGCUCUCGUGUUUGUCCUCGCAUUCUUCCAUGCUGUGGUACAGGAGAGAAGAAAGUACGGAAAGAUAGGCUGGAAUAUAUCCUAUGACUUUAACGAGUCCGACUUCCGUGUGUGUAUGCAAAUUCUCAACACCUAUCUGACCAAAGCUCAUGAACAAGGCGAGACCAAGAUACCAUGGAACAGUCUGAAGUACCUUAUAGGCGAGGUGAUGUACGGAGGUCGUGCCAUUGACAACUUUGACCGUCGUGUGCUGAGCACUUACAUGGAUGAAUACAUGGGAGACUUCAUCUUUGACACAUUCCAGCCAUUCCACUUUUACUGCAACGAAGAAGUUGACUACAAGAUUCCUGAUGAUGGACUUCGUGAUGUGUAUGUCGAUUAUAUUGAGGACCUACCCCAUGCUAACACCCCUGAGGUGUUUGGCCUCCAUCCAAAUGCUGAGAUUGGAUACUACACACAAGCAGCUAGAGACAUGUGGGCUCAUCUUAUUGAGCUUCAGCCACAGACCGGUGACACUUCUGGAGGAAUCAGUCGAGAAGAGUUUAUAGACAAGAUAGCACAGGAGGUGCUGGGCAAGCUGCCACAGGAAUUUGAGAUGGACAAGAUUAAAAAGAAAUAUGGUAUUGAUAUUGCCCCCACUACCAUUGUGUUACUGCAGGAACUGGAUCGUUUCAACCUCCUCAUCAACAUUAUGAGAAAGUCCUUGUCAACUCUGAGGAAGGCCCUGAUUGGAGAAGUUGGAAUGAGCAGUGAGCUUGAUGAUGUCGCCCGUGCCUUAUUUAAUGGUAUGAUCCCGUCAAUCUGGAGGCGUUUGGCACCAGUCACUCUCAAGUCACUUGGCAACUGGAUGCUCCACUUUGAGAGAAGAUUCAAGCUGUAUAACGGCUGGGUUAAUGAAGGAGAGCCAGGUGUGAUGUGGUUGUCAGGAUUACACAUUCCUGAAUCCUACCUGACAGCUCUGGUCCAGGCCACCUGUCGUAAGAAUGGCUGGCCACUGGACAAGUCCACACUCUAUACCACGGUCACUCAGUGGUCAACUGCAGAAGAUGUUACAGAGCGUGCUCAUCAAGGUUGUUUUGUGGAUGGCUUGUAUCUAGAGGGAGGAGCUUGGAGCAAGGAAGAAAGCUGCAUUAUCCGACAGAAUCCCAAACAGCUCAUCCAGGAGUUACCUGUUCUUAAGAUCAUUCCGAUAGAAUCCCACAGAUUGAAGCUCCAGAAUACAUUCAGGACACCAGUGUAUGUGACCUCACAGAGAAGAAAUGCAAUGGGAGUUGGCUUGGUAUUUGAAGCAGACCUUGCAACCACAGAACAUAUUAGCCAUUGGUCAUUACAGGGUGUGUGUCUCAUCCUUAACACAGACUAA